AUGUUGCAACACGUUCCCAUUCUCGACACGAUUCAGGAUGUUCUUGGCAACAUUAAAGACAUGACUCGCACAGGCCUGCGGAGACAACUGAACGUAUCAUACGACUACGACUUUUCUAUAUGCUCCUUUCUUGUGAAGACAUCGAAGUCGAGCAUCUUCUUCACAGAAUGCAGUCUUGUUGAUGCUAAUUCCAAGUCAUCUCACAAUGAAGCCCAGGACAGGACGAUUCUCACUGAGGAACAAAGAAAAUUCCUGGAUCGCGCACUUCGUGUAAAUCAAGCAGGAGAGCUUGCUGCCACACUUAUCUAUACCGCCCAAACACCUCCGGUUGUAAAAGCCCACCCCAAUCUCCGACCUCUAAUGAAGCAUAUGUAUGAUCAAGAAGCCGGCCAUUUCAAAACCUUUAAUGAAUUGCUGGCAAAGCAUCGAAUUAGGCCGACUGCGAUGUAUCCCGUGUGGCAAGCUGCGGCGACCAUCCUCGGCUGGUCGACUGGGGUGAUGGGGCGGGAAGCUGCAAUGGCUUGUACUGAAGCUGUCGAGACGGAAAUUGGCGAUCAUUACAAUGGACAAGUGAGAGAGAUGUUCAAAUGGAUGCAGGACUUGCAAGAAAAAGGAGAAGAGCUUGAUCCCGAGUUGAAAGUUUUGAUUGAUGAUAUCAAGAGGAUCCGUGAUGAAGAGUUGGAACAUCUGGAUUAUGCAGUCGAAAAUGACGCAAAGGAAGCCCAACCUUACCAACCAUUGACUGAUGUCAUUCGGUAUGGUUGUAAGGGUGCCAUUUGGAUCAGUGAAAGAAUAUGA